AUGCCGCCGAAGAACUUAUUGAAGAAGAAUCGAAUCGUGAUCGAAGCGUCUCUGGUGUUGCACAACAACAACGACAACAACAACAACAAGAAUCGAAUGCAGAUGAUCAUGGCUCCUCAGCUCCGGAGAAUCCAGAUGGUAAGAAAAUCAAUAAUGGGUUAUCGAGGAAAAAGGAAGACUGACCAGCAAUUGAAAAGCACGAAUAAUCCAACUUCGUCUCGUCUCCCUUUGAAUACGGUCUCCAAUAUGGUUGGAUCCAACUCAAUCGAUGGUUCUCCCAGAAUUGAUGCUGACAAUGGAAACAUGAAUCAGCAGACGAACUCUACUCAAAUCUCUCCUUCUGCUUCAGGAUUCGGAAAAGAAAAUGGCUAAAAUAAGAAAAACGUCGCUCAAGCUCUCGGAGGCCGACUUCAUAUUGACGAGACCGCCAUCGAUGCACUUUUCAAAAAUGGUUCGAAGAGUGAUAGGAUUUGGGCCGCCAUCGUCAAAGGACAAAAUCGUAUAAUGGAGUCCAUGUAUGAAAGAUUCAUGACACCUAAGGAUUUAAAAAAGGACAAACUGGUACGUCAGCAAGCAACACAUUGA